CGAAGGUUGCCAAGCCUUGCGACUCUUGAGCUUCGGCGAUGGCGCUGUGCUGGGGCAUCGUGUCUGCCGGCCUCAUCUCCAGCGACUUCACGACUGUGCUACGGACGCUGCCUCGCUCCGAGCACCAGGUGGUGGCAGUAGCGGCCCGCGACCUGAGCCGGGCGAAGGAGUUUGCGCGGAAACAUGACAUCCCCAAGGCCUACGGCUCCUACGAGGAGCUGGUCAAGGACCCGAACGUGGAGGUGGUCUACAUUGGCGCCCAGCACCCCCAGCACAAGGCUGCGGUGCUGCUAAGCCUGGCAGCGGGCAAGGCCGUCUUGUGCGAGAAGCCCCUGGGCGUGAACACUGCGGAAGUGCACGAAAUGGUUGCUGAGGCCCGAUCCCGAGGCCUCUUCCUUAUGGAGGCCAUCUGGACCCGCUUCUUUCCUGCCAUAGAGGCUCUGAGGGCUGCUCUGGCCCAGGGAACGCUGGGGGACCUUCGAGUGGCCCACGCAGAAUUUGGGAAGAACUUAACCCACGUACCGCGGUCCAUAGACUGGGCCCAGGCUGGCGGGGCCCUGCUGGACCUUGGCAUCUAUUGCGUCCAGUUCAUCUCCAUGGUCUUCGGCGGGCAGAAGCCAGAGAAGAUUUCAGCCGUGGGACGGCGCUACGAAACAGGUGUGGAUGACACCGUCACUGUGCUACUCCAGUACCCAGGAGGGGUCCACGCCAGCUUCACGUGCAGCAUCACCGUGGAGCUCACCAAUACGGCCUUCGUGAGCGGGACCAAGGGCAUAGCCCAGAUCCUCCACCCCUGCUGGUGCCCAACAGAGCUGGUGGUAAACGGGGAGCAUAAGGAAUUCCCACUGCCCCCAGCCCCCGGCAAGGAGUUCAAUUUUACAAAUGGAGCAGGCAUGACUUACGAAGCCAACCAUGUCCGGGAGUGCCUGAGAAAGGGCCUGACGGAAAGUCCUGUGAUUCCCCUGGCGGAAAGUGAGCUCCUGGCUGACAUCCUCGAGGAGGUGAGGAAGGCCAUUGGAGUCACCUUCCCACAAGACAAACGCUGAUGCAUGCCGUGAAUAAAUAAAGACAUGGCUUCCACAGAGA